UGCUCGUUUCGCAACACCAGUUGCGCGCUCACCCCUAAGACUUAUCGGCGAAUAUUCGAUUGCAGCCGUCGAUAUCAACUAUUGGCAGCCAUUGCAUCUCUAGCAAAGCAGCUGUUUACAAACGAGAAAAAAUUAGUCAUCAGACAACACUUAAUGUAAAUUGUGGAAAAAUCGCUUGUUCUUAAUUGUUGUUUCAAUACAAAACAAACUCAGAAAUGAAUCGUCUAUUUGGUCGUGGCAAACCCAAGGAGCCGGGACCGAGUCUCAACGACUGCAUUGCGGGCGUCGAUGCACGCGCCACCAACAUUGAGGAGAAGAUAGCGAAGCUGGAAACAGAGCUCAGAAAGUACCGAGAACAAAUGUCGAAGAUGCGCGAAGGUCCUGCUAAGAAUUCCGUCAAACAAAAGGCGCUGCGAGUGCUGAAGCAAAAGAAGGCCUAUGAACAACAAGCCGAAUCUCUGCGCAACCAAUCCUUUAAUAUGGAGCAGGCCAACUACGCCGCCCAAUCGCUCAAGGAUACACAAGCCACUGUCGCAGCCAUGAAGGAUGGCGUGAAGCAAAUGAAGACCGAAUACAAAAAGAUCAACAUCGAUCAAAUCGAGGAUAUUCAAGACGACAUGGCCGACAUGUUCGAGCAGGCCGACGAAGUGCAGGAAGCGCUGGGACGCACCUAUGGCAUGCCUGAGGUCGACGACGAUGAUUUGCAAGCCGAGCUCGAUGCCUUGGGCGAUGAAAUGGCACUUGACGACGACUCCAGCUAUUUGGAUGACGUCGUGAAGGCGCCAGAAGCGCCAGAUAAGGAGCCAGGUGCCGAUAGCUUGGUACCAGGGAAGAGCGCUAUCGAGACGGAUGAAUUCGGCUUGCCCAAGGUACCGACCUCAUUGAAGACCACAUAGGCGAUAGCCGACCACUCAGGCGCGCAAACAAGUUGAAUACAUUUUUGUCCUUUCCAUUCAAAUGAGAGGAGAGAGUGAAGUGUGGAGACCGCGUUUUUCGGCGUUUAUGAUGUAUUAAAAGAUUUUUAAGUUUUUCCACUGCUAUUUAAAUUUGUAAGCAUUUUGUGCAAAGCGAAUAAGCGAUUAAAAGGAUAAUGCGUAAGAUAAUAAAAAAAUAUGCCAUUUGA